AUUUUUCAUCAAACAACAAUUUGCCUUUCACAAAUAAAUUGUAAUAACUAAAAUGAGUUCUUUUUCAGUGUGUGUCUUGGGGUUAAUAUUUCUUGUGGGGAGUCAAGUUGCAUAUGCACAAGACUCGUCAACAGACUACGUGAACGCCCACAACGCGGCAAGGUCGCAGGUUGGUGUUCGGAAUAUUGUUUGGGACAACACGGUCGCUGCUUUUGCCCAAAAUUAUGCUAAUCAACGUAAAGAUUGUCAACUGAUCCACUCCGGUGGUGGUGGUCGUUACGGGGAGAAUAUCGCGGUGAGCUCGGGUGGCAUGAGCGGUACAGACGCUGUGAAGUUGUGGGUCAAUGAGAAAUCCGACUAUAAUUAUAAUAGCAACUCAUGUGCUUCUGGUAAAGUGUGUGGCCAUUAUACUCAAGUGGUUUGGAGAAACUCAGUUCGUCUUGGAUGUGCCAAAGUGAGAUGUAAUAAUGGAGGAACUUUCAUUACUUGCAACUAUGAUCCACCUGGUAACUAUGUUGGCCAAAAGCCAUACUAAGUGCAUGUUUCAUAUCAUCAUAUAUAUGUUUCAGCUAUGGUAUAGAAGCUAUAACAGAUAUUAUGAAUAAAUAAAUAAUACAAGACAAUAAGUAUGUAAUGAGUUUCUGACUCAUUACUUCAAAUAUGAUGAUAGUUCUCAAAUAAUAAAAUAAUGUUUAUGUGAGUUAAUCUUAUGUAUAAGUAUAACUUGCAAGUUAAUUAUUACCGAUCAGUGUAAGAAUUGUGGUAUUUUAUGUAUGAAAUCCCUCCUGUAUUCUCUAAUGCUUCCUCUUUCUCAAUUG